AGUAAAGAUAUGCAGUGCAAGAAAGUUUUGGACUUUUCUAAAAAUGUGGCAAAAUGUUAACAGGUGGCGUUUCCAGAUACCUCGUGUAUCACACCGUGUCAGAGGGAAGAUAUGAAAUUUGGCUAACCUGACAUCUGAGCAAACACACAAGGCAUGAAGUGCCUGCUAGUGGCCAGCGACAGCGCGGAGGUUCUCUUCUACUGGUCGGACCCAGAGUUCGAGCAGAGCAUCCAGGAGCAGUAUGGCGCAGCUCACGAAGAAGGACAGAAGCCCCCAGCCUUCGAGGACAGUCUCAACACACGUUUCGCUCCCAUCAUCAUCUCCUGCAGCAGCAUGAUUGACAGGAUCGAUGACUGCUACACCUCCUUCAGCACAGAGAGCAACCACAUCUAUGUCCUGCACCAGUUUGAGGAGUGCCUGUACAUCGCUGUGAACGGGGAUGGAGACGAGAGGGAGGAGGACCUGAGGAGGAAGAUCUACGUGACAAGGAAGCUGACAGAGGUCCUGUUUGGGAUGGUGACACUCAGCAGCCCCCUCCUGCGGAAAGAACUCCGUCCUCAAGAUACAGAUCAAAGGAAUUUCCUGUGGAAGAAGCUUCAAGGCCUUCUGGGAACUUACAGUCGCCUUAGAGAGCAGGACCAAAGCUUCAUGGUGGAGGCUGUCGAGCGGCUGAUUCAUCCCACUCUCUGUGAGCAGUGCAUUGAGUUCCUGGAGCGCCGGCUGGUCCAGCAGAUCAACAGCAGCGUGGAGCGGGCAGGAGAGGAGGUGCUGCACGCCUUUAUCCUGGUGCACACCAAGCUGCUGGCCUUCUACUCCAGCCGAAACGCCAGCAACCUCACGUCUUCUGACCUGCUGGCCUUGAUUCUGAUGGUGCAGAACCUGUAUCCUAGCAACAGUGAUGUGGAGGACACGACACCCGAGGACACGGAGAACGCUUCAGCGCCUGACGUCUUCUACACUCCAGAGCCCUCCCCAACCCAGGGCAGCUCAGGUGCAGGAGGGGCGGAGGGGAACGACACUCCAGUCUUCCAGUUCGUCGAUCCAGACAUUCAAAUGGCAGAGGACAGCCUCCAGGCCUUGGAAUUCCCGCCCCCUGACCCUGCGACCCCUUCCAGAGUCUUUCUAGAGGCCACCAUCAAGGAGGGCUACUGUCCCAUGAUGCCUCACUCCAUGUACUGCCUGCAGCUGUGGCCUGGCAUCACACUGGUACUGCUGACGAAGAUCCCCAACAGUCAAGUGGCGAUAUCCGUCUACUACUUUCUGGACACAUUCACCAACCUGGAGAAGAGGCUGAGGGAGGGGCCAGAGGGAGCCGUCACCCCCCGCGGCCAGCCCCCCCUCCACGACCUCCGCAGCAAGAUGGACAAGUUCAUCCGAGCCCUGGGAGGCAGUGACGUUCAGACCUCCCAGCUGCAGAAUGCCUGGGCAGAGUUCAAGAGCAAGGCUUUCUCUCGGACAGGCCCAGGAGUCAGCAAGGAGCUGCUGCCCUGGUGCCGGAGCAUGAAGACCCAGCUGUGUGCCGUGUACAGGCAGUGCUUUGUCGCAGAGACACUAGGGGGCGCUCAGCGCCUGUCUCCCAGCCUGCAGGACAGGGCCCUCGCCAUGGUGCAGGAGAAGCUGAUGGACUGGAAGGACUUCCUGCUGGUGAAGAGCAAGAGGAACAUUACUAUGGUGUCCUACCUGGAGGAGUUUCCAGGACUGAUCCACUUUAUCUACGUGGACCGCACUGCUGGACAGAUGAUCGCCCCCUCCCUUAACGUAACGGACCGUUCCACCUCAGAGCUGGGGAAGGGGCCUCUGGCUCAUUUCAUCAAAGGCAAGGUGUGGACUCUGGUGGGGGCGGCACGACGCUACCUGCAGAAGGGCUACACCACCAUCACGCUCCGCGACGGCGAUUACUACUUCUGCUACUUCCUGUGGUUCGAGAAUGAGACGGGCUACAAACUGGAUGUGAUUGACCUUCCUAUUCUCCCUGAUGAUUCUGCACCCAUAGGAAUGCUAGCAUGGGAUUACUACAGGAAGCUGUUGAGGUACUACAGCAAGUACCACCACGGCGAGGUGGUGAAGUGCUACGAGCUGCUGACUGUCCACCUUGGGGUCAUCCCCAGCGAGUACGUCCUACAGCACUGCUGCCAGCUGGCCCGCAAGCUGUGGGAGCCAUCCCGCAUCCCCCUCCUCUAGAGGACCUCCAAGCCUCCCGUCCGUCCCCUGCCCCGCCUGACCUGGGACUGUCUCUGCAGGCGUGUCACGUUACACCAUAAAACAACCCCCUACCCCCCCAGCCCGACAACAGUGUGCCAUUUGGGGGUCACUAUACUGCCUGAACACGUCACUCGGGAUAGUAGCCCGGGUCAUCGAUGAGCGUAGGCAUUCUACUGUUGUGGAAACUUUUCCCAAGCUAGCUAAGUAGCUAGCCCAGACAAAAUGCCAUCACGUCUGUGGAAUGUGAAUCCCAGUUUCACCGUAGACAGCUCACAGGCUUACAAACGAACUGUUACAUUAAUAGCUAGCUAGCUAGGUAGCUAGCCAAGGCAAAAAGAGAUUGGUAAUUGAACUGGUGAUGAGACACCGAGGUAAGACCCACCAGUGUCGUGAACAGGGCUAGGGUUCAGCGUGCCUGGGGAACAAGACCACAGUUGGUUUGAAAUUGUCAUCAGUGACAGGGCGACACUUGCUCUCCUGAGCGACACGCUGAAGCAAUGCUGACCUCCUGCGCAACGCUGAAGCAUCAGCAUCAGUGUUGGACCAGAAGAGUAGAUGUUUACAGUAAAUACCAGUUACACUCAUGCACCAUACAGAGACAUUACACUGUGAGGUACCCUUAGCGUGACUCUCCUGUAAGGAACAGCACCGCAGUGUCAGCACCUUAUAUAGACCACUUCUGUGUUUUUGCACUCGCGUAGACGCUGUGCUGCUGUCAGACAAUGAGACCAAAAAACCCAGCAGGACUGCUCAGCACUGAUCUGUGGUGAUUGACACAAGCACUUUCUCUCGCUUUCUCUGUUAAAUGCGCCAGCCGCCUUUUCACGAACGAAUCACAAGUAGAGUCUGGAAGUGUUAGCGCUCGGUCUCAAGGCUGUGCAUGCUCUGUACUGAAUAUAAUAUUAACAUUUGGAAAAACCAAGUACCACCACCAAGCCACCACAGCAUUUAUUUAGUAUUUCAAAUGUGGGGAAUUGCAUUCACAAUACACUGAGAUUGUGUUAAUCACAACCCUCCGUCUUCACAUUAUUCUUCGUUGUAAGUUCCAAGGGCCAUGUUUUAUGGGUUUUAUAAGGUUAACUUUUCUGUAACUGAGUAGGGCCACAUCUGUUUUCAGAUGAAAGCUAUUCAUGGUAUCAUACACGCAGGAUUGUACUGUCACGCUCCAGCUGUCCAAGAUGAAUAUUCUCUGCAGCUUAAACUACUGUUUCAGUGACAAAAUGAGUCCACUUCAUAUUGUGUAUAAAAAUGUUCAAAGCAAACAAGCUUUUGAAUACAUCGUUUUAUCACAGCUGUAUGAUUUUUAAAUUUAAACUUUUCAAAC